CCCUUACAAUAUUCUGCACAGGAGGAGGGGAUGCAUAUGCAGACUUAAAGCAUGACUGUCACUGUUAUGUAUAUGGAUACAUCAGUAUUGGAUCAUAGACCUUGCAUACUUAACCAGUUAAGAAAUUGGGAUUGGAGUAAAAAGACAUGGGAUUUAUGGAACGAGGAAUAAUGUGGAACAAAUUGGCUGCAUGGCAGGUGUUCUUGUGGUGGCAUCUUUUCUUUCUCUUGUGGAGUACAAUAGACGGACAGACGCGUUACAGCAUCCCGGAGGAGCUGAAACAAGGAUCUGUGGUUGGAAAUCUAGCCAAAGAUUUGGGUUUGGUUGUAUCUGAACUAUAUCGACGCAAAUUGCGGAUUACCUCAGAGGCUGGUAAGCAGUAUUUUAGUGUGGACUUGGGGAAGGGAGAACUGGUGGUGAUUGAUAGAAUAGACAGGGAGCAAUUGUGUGAACAAAGACCCUCAUGUUUGUUGCCUUUAGAACUAGUUAUAGAUAGCCCUUUGCAGCUGCAUAGAGUCGAAAUAGAAAUACAAGAUACAAACGAUAAUUCUCCCAGUUUUCCUACGAAAGAGAAGGUGGUGAAAAUUGCGGAACUAGUUAAUCUAGGGGCACGAUUUCCUUUAGAAAGUGCACAGGACCCAGAUGUCGGUACUAAUUCUGUGCGUUCUUACCUCAUUAGCAAAAAUGACAAUUUCAAAUUGACUGUUAAAAACCACAAAGAUGGUCGAAAAAUCCCCGAGCUGGUCCUUGAAAAACCACUUGAUCGAGAAAAGCUGCCUGUGCAUAAUCUUAUCCUCACCGCUGUAGAUGGUGGAGAGCCAGCGCGCUCAGGGACAUCUGAAAUUACAGUUAUAGUACUGGACAAUAAUGACAAUGCUCCACAGUUUGAAAGACAGUUGUAUGAAGCCAAUGUCAGCGAAAAGGCAACACCUGGGACCGAAAUAUUGCAUGUGAAAGCCACAGAUGCAGACGAAGGACUAAAUGGAGAAAUUGAGUAUUUCUUUGCAGAGCAAACCACGAACCUGAUUUUAUCAUUAUUUGACAUUUUACCAUCUGGAGCUAUUGUUGUCAAAGGAUCCAUAGACCAUGAAACGAAAUCUUUACAUAGAUUUGACAUAACUGCUAAGGACAAGGGUAAUCCUGAGAUGGAUGGGCACUGUGGCGUCGAAAUUAAAGUAGUUGACAUUAAUGACAAUAUUCCUGAAAUUAUUGUGACAUCUCUAACAACACCUGUUCCAGAAGACUCUGCAGUCGGGACUGUUAUUGCGUUGAUAAGUGCAAAAGACUCUGAUUCAGGCGACAAUGGCAAAGUUAAGUUGAGCUUGUCUUCAAAAUCCCCCUUUCAGUUAAAUCCAUCAGUCUCCAACCAUUAUUCGUUAGUGACGAAAGGGCCUCUUGACCGUGAAAAACACGACCAUUAUAGUGUCAAAAUAAUUGCUACUGAUUCUGGUAACCCCCCAUUAUCAAGUGAAAGGAUAAUACUUGUUGAAUUGUUGGAUGUAAAUGACAACCCACCAGUUUUCUCCCAACCUUCUUAUGUUGUUUAUGUAAAAGAAAACUAUUCUCCGGGAAGGAUUUUGUGCUCGGUGUCAGCAACAGAUUCUGAUUCUGGUGACAACUCGAAGAUAUCCUACUCUAUACUGGACUCUAAAGUGCAGGACGUUUCUGUGUCCUCUUAUGUUUACAUUAACUCAGAUAACGGCAGCAUCUACAGCAUGCACUCGUUUGACUAUGAGAAACUGAAGGUGUUUCAGAUUCAGGUUCAGGCAAAGGACCAGGGCUCUCCUUCUCUCAGCAGCAACACCACUGUCCAUGUUUUUAUCCUGGACCAGAACGACAAUGCCCCCGCUGUUAUUUACCCCUCCUCCGCUGCCAUGGGCUCCCUCUCUCAUCAGAGGAUGCCCCGCUCGGCUAAAGCGGGUCACCUGGUUACUAAGGUGACAGCCGUGGACGCAGACUCGGGCCACAACGCGUGGAUCUCCUACAAAGUGUCGGAGGCCACAGACGCCUCUCUGUUCACUGUCAAUCUGUACACAGGGGAGGUGAGGACUAAACGCGCUGUGUCCGAGCAGGACGACUCCUCUCAGAGGCUGCUUAUAGAGAUCAAGGACGACGGGGAACCGGUCCAGUCAGCCACCGUCACGGUGUCCAUCCUGCUGGAGGACGGUCUCCAUGAGCCCAUCUUAGACCUCCGACAGAAAGCGUUCGAGCCCAGCAAGAAAACUGGCAGAAUCACCCUUUAUUUGAUCCUCUCUCUGGCCUCGAUUUCCGUGCUGUCUCUGGUGACUUUUCUCAUCUUAGCGGUGAAAUGCAUCAGAAACAGCAGAAGCAGCGCGAGUUGCUGCACGAGACAGAGUGACUGUGACGAUUACAAGAACCCCAACAGAAACCUGCAGCUUCAGCUCAACACUGAUGGACCUAUAAAGUACGUGGAGGUCCUGGGAGGAGACAUGUUGUCUCAGAGUCAGUCCUUCAGGUCCUGUAUGUCUCCUAUGUCAGAGUACAGUGAUUUCACUCUGAUUAAACCCAGCAGCACCACUGACUUUAAGGAGGUCAUCAGUGUCCUGGAUGCGUCUUUACCCGACAGCACCUGGACCUUUGAGAGCCAGCAGGUGAGCACAUAA